AUGGAUGAUUCUGGCGAUUACCCAGACAACCGAGGAAGGAUAGGAGACCAGCCACUACUGGAGAACGAUGAGAAGAUCCUGGAGGGAAACAGAAACCAGAACUUUUUGAGGUUAAGGGCUGCUGAAACAACAAACAAUCCAUUUCUGGGAUUACGUUCCAGUUUUCGUAAACUGACUCGUAGGAUAAACCAAUCACAAAGGUCGCUGAAUUCCUCUGGAAAGCAGAAGCUGAAUCUCGUGCUGUGUGGAUGUGAUAGCACCCACAAGGUCUCAGUGUCCAGACUUUUACAGGGGAAAAAGAUAAAACACUCACGUCAGAGAGCUCUCAGUGAAGAGUGUGUGAAGAGAGAGGAGAAGAUACAUGGACGUGUGCUCAAUCUGCUGGAGCUUCCAGCUCUUACUCGGCUCUCAGAAGAGGAAGUGAAGCGUCAGACGCUCAGCUGUGUAUCUCUCUGUCAUCCUGGAGUUCACGUUUUCCUCCUCAUUGUUCCUGCUGUUCCACCUAAUAAUGACGAGAGAGCAGAAAUAGAGAAGAUCCAGAAGAUGUUUUGUUCCAGAGACCAUUUCAUGGUGCUUUUCACAACAGAGCUCGUUAUUAAUAAAAAAAUUACUGAUUUUGUUGAAUCCAACCCAGAAUUUCGGAAGUUAAUCAGUUGUUGUGAAGGUCAGUACAAAGUGAUGGGCUUAAAUGAACCUGAAAACUCAAGACAGAUCCCAGAUCUACUGGAUUAUAUAGAGAACAUGAAAACUGAACCCUAUUCACUUCAGAUGUAUGUGAACGCCCAAGAGAACAGAGUCAGACAGGAACUGGAGGAACAGCUCAAAAAAGACAUGGAAAAUAAAAUCAAAGAGCUACAAGGUCAAGGUCAGCCUGAAGGCGCUGAAGGUGGAGCAGAUGAUCUGGAGUGUUUGAGGAUUGUGUUGAUCGGGAGUACAGGAAGCGGGAAGAGUGCAACAGGAAACACUAUUCUGGGAAGAAAUGAAUUUCACAGCCGAAUGAGCCCAGAUUCAGUGACGACUGCUUGUGAAAAGAGACUUGGUGAAGUGGAUGGUCGAUCAUUAGCUGUGGUUGAUACUCCAGGACUGUUUGACACAUCACUGAAAAACGAACAAGUGGCGGAAGAAAUAAUGAGAUGCGUUUCACUGUCGUCACCUGGACCUCACGUGUUUGUCAUUGUGUUGAGUUUGGGAAAAUUCACCAAAGAGAAGGUGGACACUAUUGAUCUGAUAAAGAAGAUCUUCGGUCCAAAAGCUGCUCAGUUCAGCAUCGUACUCUUCACUAGAGGAGAUGAACUUGAGAACGAGUCCAUAGAGGAUUACGUGAAGAGAAGUAAGUCUGCACAACUCAAGAAACUAAUCAGAGAUUGUGGAAAUAGAUUCCUGGUUUUCAAUAACAGAGAAAAACACGACAAAACUCAAGUGAUUCAACUGAUAAGCAUCAUAGAAGAGGUGAAACAUGCUAAUCAGGGUCGAUAUUUCACUAACAGCAUGUUUGAGGAGGCGGAGAUAUCCAUUAAGAAGAAAACGGAGGAAAUAAUGCAAGAGAAAGAAAAAGAAAUUCAGGUCAUGAAAGAUAGGCUGCAACAACAGCAACAGAAACACGAGAAGGAUAAAAAAGACAUGAUGAGGAAACAUCAAGAUGAAGCCAGAAAACAAGCAGAAGAAUUUCACAAGUCGACAGAAAGAAAACUGCAGCAUGUUCUGGAGAUCACAGAGAUGCUUCAAGAGCAUCAAAAACACUCAAGGCACUAUGAAAAAUUGUAAAAAUGUUAAAAAGAAGAGGAAGAAAAGAGGAUAGAAAAUCAAAUAAAACAAUUCAGACUAAAGUUUUAAGAGCAUAUUUGAUGAUUAUGUAUUACAAAAUUAUAUUAGCCUAUUUGAAAUGUUUUGUUACCUGAUGCUAACUGGCUAGCUGAUGCUAACUGGGAAAUUUUUAAAUAUAAAAUUUAAACUAGUUAUACUAGAAUACAUAUGAUGGAAAAUCAAAGGAUUUGAUGCUGUUUAUUAAAUAACAGGUGCUGCCUAUCUACAGGCCCUACUGUCCUCAUAGCUGUGAUGUACAACAGUUAUG